AAACAUAAAAUAAAAGCUACUUCUCAGAGUAGGAAAAGGGGUUUCUUCAAUGUUCACUUCUCUCUGUUGAUGAUGCUUCCGCUUUCAUCAACCUAGGAAGCCUAAGACAAUACAGUUAAUUAGGGUUUCACGUCAUUGAUUGGUUGCAUUUGAAGCAUUGUUGCCUAAUCAAUGGCUUCGGUGUACAUACCUGUGCAGAAUUCGGAGGAGGAGGUUAGGGUUGCUCUCGAUCAGCUUCCGAGGGAUGCCUCCGACAUCCUCGACAUCCUCAAGGCUGAACAAGCCCCUCUUGAUCUCUGGCUCAUCAUCGCGAGGGAGUACUUCAAGCAGGGAAAGAUUGAUCAAUUUCGUCAGAUUCUGGAGGAAGGAUCCAGUCCAGAAAUCGAUGACUAUUAUGCUGAUGUUAGAUAUGAGAGAAUUGCUAUCUUAAAUGCCCUUGGGGCUUACUAUAGCUACCUUGGAAAAAUAGAGACAAAACAAAGGGAGAAGGAGGAGCAUUUCAUUUUGGCAACACAAUAUUACAAUAAAGCAUCAAGGAUUGACAUGCAUGAGCCCUCUACUUGGGUUGGGAAAGGUCAGCUUUUGCUAGCAAAGGGUGAAGUAGAACAGGCCUCUGCUGCAUUUAAGAUUGUGUUAGAUGGAGACCGUGAUAAUGUUCCCGCUCUUUUGGGCCAGGCAUGUGUUGAGUUCAACCGGGGACGAUACACUGAUUCGCUUGAAUUGUAUAAGAGGGCAUUGCAAGUGUAUCCCAAUUGCCCUGCAUCUGUGAGACUUGGCAUAGGUCUAUGUCGCUACAAAUUAGGUCAAUUUGAAAAGGCUCGACAGGCAUUUGAGCGCGUUUUACAGCUAGAUCCAGAAAAUGUCGAGGCUCUUGUUGCACUUGCAAUAAUGGACUUGCGUACUAAUGAAGCUGCUGGAAUCAGGAAGGGAAUGGUAAAAAUGCAGAGGGCAUUUGAGAUAUACCCAUACUGUGCAAUGGCUCUGAAUUAUCUUGCGAAUCAUUUCUUCUUCACUGGUCAACAUUUUUUAGUUGAGCAAUUGACGGAAACUGCAUUAGCUGUUACCAAUCAUGGUCCAACAAAGUCUCACUCCUACUACAAUUUAGCACGCUCUUACCAUAGCAAGGGAGACUAUGAUAAAGCUGGUGUUUAUUACAUGGCAUCUGUCAAGGAAGUCAACAAGCCCCAUGAAUUUGUGUUUCCUUAUUAUGGUUUGGGACAAGUGCAGAUAAAGUUGGGAGACUUUAAAAGUGCACUCUCAAACUUUGAAAAGGUCUUGGAGGUGUACCCCGAUAACUGUGAGACAUUGAAAGCGCUUGGGCACAUAUAUGUUCAGCUUGGUCAAACUGACAAGGCGCAGGACUUUAUUAGGAAAGCUACCAAAAUUGAUCCCCGAGAUGCUCAGGCAUUUCUUGAACUGGGAGAAUUGUUAAUUCUUUCUGACACAGGAGCUGCACUGGAUGCAUUCAAAACUGCUCGUACACUUUUUAAGAAGGGAGGUCAGGAAGUACCAAUUGAAUUAUUCAAUAAUAUUGGUGUCCUUCAGUUUGAAAGGGGGGAAUUUGAGCUUGCUCAACAAACUUUUAAGGAGGCUCUAGGUGAUGGAAUUUGGCUCUCUUUCAUUAAUGAGGAAAAUAAAUCUUCCAUUGAUGCUGCUACUUCUACUCUUCAAUUCAAGGACAUGCAGUUAUUUCAUGAUCUUGAAAGUAACGGUCACCAUGUGGAAGUUCCUUGGGAUAAAGUCACUGUACUCUUUAACCUGGCUAGAUUACUUGAGCAGUUAAAUGACUCUGGAACUGCAAGCAUAUUGUAUCGCCUGAUCUUGUUCAAGUAUCCAGACUAUAUUGAUGCGUAUCUGAGGCUAGCUGCAAUUGCAAAAGCUCGGAACAACAUUUUGUUAAGCAUUGAACUGGUUAAUGAUGCCUUGAAGGUGAAUGACAAGUGUCCAAAUGCAUUAUCUAUGCUUGGAGAGUUGGAAUUGAAAAAUGAUGAUUGGGUGAAAGCAAAAGAAACUCUCCGGUCAGCUAGUGAUGCAACUGAUGGCAAGGACUCAUAUGCUACUCUUUCUCUGGGAAACUGGAACUACUUUGCUGCAGUUCGCAACGAGAAGAGAAAUCCAAAGCUAGAGGCUACUCAUUUGGAAAAGGCCAAGGAACUUUAUACUAGAGUUCUUAUUCAGCAUCCUGCUAAUUUAUAUGCUGCCAAUGGUGCUGGGGUAGUCUUAGCAGAAAAAGGCCAUUUUGAUGUUUCAAAGGACAUCUUUACACAGGUUCAAGAAGCUGCCAGUGGUAGUGUUUUUGUCCAGAUGCCUGAUGUUUGGAUAAAUCUGGCACAUGUUUAUUUUGCUCAGGGGAAUUUUUCUUUGGCUGUAAAAAUGUACCAAAACUGCUUGCGGAAGUUUUAUUAUAACACAGACUCUCAAAUACUUCUAUAUUUAGCUCGUACCCAUUAUGAAGCUGAGCAGUGGCAAGACUGUAUAAAAACUCUACUGAGAGCCAUCCAUUUGGCACCCUCAAACUAUACUUUAAGGUUUGAUGCGGGGGUUGCAAUGCAAAAGUUUUCAGCAUCAACACUACAAAAGGCAAAGAGAAGUGCAGAUGAGGUGAGAGCAACCGUUGCUGAACUGCAAAAUGCUGUUCGUGUAUUUAGUCAGUUAUCUGCUGCUUCCAACCUACAUAUUCAUGGAUUUGAUGAGAAGAAAAUUGACACUCAUGUUGGAUACUGCAACCACUUACUUACGGCUGCAAAAGUUCAUCUUGAAGCAGCUGAGCGUGAGGAGCAGCAAGUCCGACAGAGACAAGAACUUGCUCGACAGGUUGCAUUGGCUGAGGAAGCCCGGCGAAAGGCUGAAGAGCAAAGGAAAUUUCAGAUGGAAAGGAGAAAACAAGAGGACGAAAUAAAGCGAGUGCAACAACAGGAGGAACAUUUUAAGCGCGUGAAGGAGCAAUGGAAGAGCAGCACUCAUUCAAAACGGAGGGAAAGGUCAGAUGAUGAAGAGGGUGGGAAUGGGGAGAAGAGGAGAAGAAAAGGCGGAAAGAAGAGAAAGAAGGAUAAGCAGUCAAGAUCACGCUAUGACACAGAGGAAGCAGAAGCGGAUAUGAUGGAUGAACAGGAAAUGGAGGAGGAAGAAGCUGACAUAAACUACAGAGAGGAGCCUCCAAGUCAUAUGAAUGAUGACGCUGAGGAAGACGCUCAGGGUCUUCUUGCAGCAGCUGGACUUGAAGAUUCUGAUGCAGAUGACGAGACGGCUGCACCUUCCUCAACCAUAGGCAGGCGAAGGCAAGCAUUGUCAGAAUCUGAUGAUGAUGAACCAUUACAGAGGCAGUCAAGUCCUGCAAGAGAAAAUUCUGCUGAUAUGCAGGAGAGUGAUGGAGAAAUCAGGGAUGGGGAUAAGAGAAAUGGAGAUGAUGCCAGCGAUGAGGAGAAACAAUAUUGAAUUUUGUACCCAACAGGUUAUAGACAUGUCUUAUUAGCCAAAUGAUUUAUGCUAGGGAUAACAUUGUUAUUCUUCUCAGUUGCUAAUGUGAUGUAUAUAACUUAAUUAGAAAGUUGAAGAGGCUUUUUCUAGAAAAGCCUAUAUGUGUGUGGCCGAAGAAAAAAAGAGAAUAAGAAAAGAAAAGCAAAUGUAAAGUGUCCUUCGUAGCCCAUUCAUGAGUUGAUUACCUUCAUCAAAUGGAUUUCCAUGGAAUAUGGUAGCAAAGUUUACCCCU